AUGUCCAUUCAUCAUGAUUCAGAGCUCAUUGAGCAAGUGGUGACUUCGACACCGCUCCUGGACACGCAGGACUUCUACGUCGUCAAGGAUGAGAAGCAGAACCCCAUGGUGUUUUCCAUUGGCACUCAUGGUGUGCUGUACCUCAUCAAACAAGACGAAUUGGGGCGAAACCAGCUGAUCAACCUCAGCGAAAAGCUGAGCAUCCCGGCGGAGCAUGAGGCCACAGCACUUGGAGUAUAUCAGGACACCGAUCUGACUCUGAACCUCGUGUUCGCCCACGGAGAGCCAAAGGGCCUGUCUCAGUUAGUCGUCCUGCGCAGACUGAAGCCCGAAGCUUUUGAUAAGGACAUCGACAAGCUACUAGACCAUGCUGUCCAGGGUCAGGACAACACCAUCCAGGGCCAGAUAUAUGGUCUCCUGAUUGGCCGAGGCUCAGAUGACGACCAUCCCCUUGCGGUAGCAAGGUUCAGAAAGGUCGAUUCUCCCGAAAACGAUAUAUGUCGCCUUGAUAUCGACUACAAGGCUUCUUCAUGGUCCGUCAAGACUGAUCUUGAGAUGCCUUGCAACCCAAGACAGAUCAUCAGCCUCUGCCCUGGUACAUUGCCUGGGGGUGGCGGGACCUUUGGAGUCUUCGUCCUGUUCAGGAUCAGUGAGGUUCUUCGGCUCAGCUUCACCGGACUGGGCGGUCAGAGUGUUGAAGGUUACUACUCCCAUGUCAACUAUCACCUGCCAGUUCCCCCAGGUGCAUCUGAUCUUGCCACCGUCAGGACAUCGAUGGGCCGGACCGAUCUUCUCGUUUCCGCGGAAAAUGGAAUCCACCGUAUUCCAGCCCGAGACUGUGCAAGAGGUUCAACAAAGUUGCCUGACACCAGUCUGGUUGCCUCAGCGGACUGCCUCCGAGGAUUGAAACAAAUCCAUGCUGCACAGUCUGGCUCCUUGAUUUCCGUCUUCACUCGCAACAAUGACGGCGUGAUAGCGUACACUCAAUUCAAGAUUGGACCUUCAGAAAGCCCCGCGGUUGACGCCUUCGAGAGACACAGCGAUGCCAACCAGGUCCUUGACGGAGGUGUGCGCUUUGCUGCCUCGGUCAACGAAACCACUCAGUCCCAGCAAAUGUUCGUUCUCGGCGACGAAGACCAUCCGAGAAUGCGAGUUCUGUACCAGUCGGGUGACUCCAGUCUUUGGACAACUGGUGACUUCAGCGUCCCAGCGAUCAAGACACAUCGAGAAGUGUUCACUUACACGACUCACAUCAAGAUCUAUCCUGGUGCUGGGGGCCGAUCUCCAGCUGAUGGGCUGGAAGUUGACCUCAGUGCAUCCAGUACAUGUCUCGCAACUGUGAACGGCCGAACAAUUGAGCUUAGCCGACUGCCAGUCAAAGUCAAGGCCGAUGUGAUGGGAACCCUAACGGUGAUUCAAGAGAUUGAUGACCUGAAUGUACCGAGCUUGCGAGUUUCGGGCGUUCCAGGAUGCGAGACGACGUACAUCGAUCCCUCUCGAAAAGUUCUGGACUUCUUUAGCAAGAUCAAGUCCGGCGAUGACUUGCAGAAUGCCCACCUUCCGAAUGGCGAAAAGCUCUUGAGCGGAGGAUCGAAGAACGUCAACAUUGAAGGAGCUGCCGCGGCCAUCAAGUCAUUGUCUUCAAAGGGUGCCAGCAUGAAACUGGAAGCGCAGUUUACAGGUACCGAGAAGAACCAACCUGUCUCUUUGGAACAGCCCUCAGAACAACCCAAACUUGGAGAGGAGUCCAAUAUUAGCGGAGAGAAGCCAACUACGGGCAGUUGGGCAGUUUUUGACUGGCUCACCAGAUCUCUCGAGUCUGUGAGAGACAUCUUCGUAGACGGUUGGCAUCUUGUUGUCAAGAUUGGAAAGAAGGUCUGGAAAUUCCUGGUCCAAACAUACGAGCAUGUGAUGAAAGGCCUCAGGAAGGCCCUCGAGUGGCUGGGUGAGGGUCUGAAGAAGAUAUGGAACGGGUUGAAGUUUCUCUUCGCCUGGGGUGAUAUCAAGGAGACCCACAACAUCUUCCGCGACUAUUUCGAAGGGUUCGUUGAUACUGCUGUCAAGGCAGUACUUCUCUUUGGUGAUAAGGCGGUGUCGUAUCUUGAUGAACUAGAGGAGAGCCUUAGCAAGAAUUGCAACACAACCCAGCUGCCACCCGAAGUAGACCGUCCUGUCGAUCACGACGGCAAUGGCCAAAAAGGGAAGGAGCCGAGCCAAAUGGAGAAAGCUUUCCACUCACCAGGGGGAAACUAUGCGAACCAUCAUGCCCAGCACAACCCUGAGGUCCGUCAAGCCAUGGAGUCUGCAAAAAAGAAGAUCGAGGAUGACGACCUGACGAAGAUCGUGGCAGCUCUCGAAGAUCUCGUCAAGGAGUUUGCGGAGGGUGCGGGGGACAUUGGGUCCGCUUUGGUGUCACUCCUCGACCCGUCUCGAAAAGCAACUGUUUCCGAGGUUUUCUCCCAGCUCGGUAGUAAGCUCCUCACGAGACUUAUUGCAAUUGCGAGAGAUCUGAUUACGCUUUUCGUCCAGGUGGGAGCUAAACUCAUCCUCAUGGUGAAGAGUCUUGCCACGGCGACCAUCGAUAUCCCUGUCAUCUCCUGGUUGUGGUCGAAGAUAUCCGACCGACCUCUGUCGUUCCUUGAUGCCAUCACAAUGCUACUAGCAAUCCCUGGCACAAUUGCAUUCAAGAUAUGCCACGGUGUGAGCCCGAAACAGCAUCCAAGCUUCAAGGAGAUCCAGGCUGCCAAAACCGAGCUAGAUGCUGAGCUCGUUGGGCAUGAGCUCAUGGCCGCUCCCCAGCUAUUUGCGGUCGUGCAGCCCACCGCUUCCGAAACGAGUGAUAGUGGCGUCGCCUCAAAGGAAGAAAAGCCUAAAGACCCCAGCCCUGGGGAUGGAAAGAACCAACAGACCUUCGUCAGUAAGAUCAUGAAGCAUAGUCUUCUCCAGAAGAUUGCGAAGUGGCUGAAGGCGCAUUCUUAUAUUGUCGGUAUCAUCUACUUUGGAUACAGCUGCUACUCCCUUUUCAGCGAGGCAAAGGAGUGGUUGACGCCGAUGGGAAGUGCCUUCCCGAAUUUUGGUGCUCUGAAAGAAUGGGACAAGGGCGGCGCGGCAAAGUUUCUGUUCUCACUUGUGUUAUCUUUCCCUACGCCAGAUCCCGAUGAUCCGUCGCCCAGUUGGGGCCUCCAACUGACUGGUUGGGUGGUCUCCAUCUUCGCUGGCAUCAAGCAUUGCAGCCUUCGAAUCUUCAAGGGCAUGGUAACGAUGUUCUUCUCUGCUCUGCAAGCAGUCAUCUAUGCAGGAUGUGUGACUUGGGAUCAUGUGGCAGGGUACAGUAAGGCUGAUGGCGCCCUGAAGAUCAGCAAUACGUGUCUGGCCAAAGGUCAUGACUUUUUGUCUGGGUUGGCAACGUACCAGCCCGGGAAUUAUUACGUUAUGGGCGGAGCGGCGGCCGUAGGACUGACCUCCAUAGUGGUCGGGUCAAUCAUCAAAGCGCAAGACGCUGAGGUCAAGAUAGCCGAGUUCAUCUUCCAAACCUAAAGGACGCACUUGUUGCGGAAGCCGGGCAUAGCACAGGCAGGGAGAGGUAUGGGGAUAAGGUGG